CAUAUUCACAACACUUCUUUUCAUCACAAAAGCAAACACUGAGCACUAAACACUCCACCCAAAAAAAAAAAAAACAUAAAAAUUAAAAAUAAAAGAAAAGAAAAAAAAAAAAGUAAUUAACAUGGCUCUUCAAGCACAAGCAGGGCUGCGGAGGAGCAAUAUUCCAGCUUCUCUUUCGCCUCCGGUCGGCAGCGGUGGUGGUGGCGGUGGCGGUGGCAGCAGCGCAGGUCUACGGAGAAGCCCCGACGGGUUCGCGUUCCGGUCGGCAUUCUUCUCCCCCUCGGUGCAUCUGCUGCUGGCGGAAGCGCUUCCCAGAAAAGCACCCGCUGCCGCCGCCGCCGCCGCCGCCGGGCCGAGAUUCUCCAUGAGAGUCGCCUCCAAGCAGGCCUAUAUUUGCCGCGAUUGUGGCUAUAUUUACAAUGACAAGACUCCCUUUGAGAAGGUUCCUGAUAAUUAUUUCUGUCCUGUCUGUGGCGCCCCCAAAAGAAGAUUUCGGCCGUACCAACCUGCAGUUGCCAAGAAUGCAAAUGAAACGGGCGUGCGGAAGGCGAGGAAGGCGCAGCUGAAGCGAGAUGAAGCCAUCGGGCGGGCUUUGCCGGUUGCUGUUGUGCUCGGAGUUGCGGGUCUAGCCGGUUUAUAUUUCUACCUCAACAAUGUCUAUUAAUGUUGACUCCCAAAAAAAAAAAAGAAAAAAAAAAGAAAAAAAAAAGAAGCCAUAGUAGAAGCUAAGAAGCAAAAUUACUAUUUGGGGGAUCUUGUGAGGCUCUUGUUCAUGGUGAAAGGGUAGUGCUCUUAUUUGUUGCUAGUUAUUAUUAUAUAUAGUAAGAGAGAAUUUCAUUGUAAUCAUCCACUUUGUGUUUUCCAGUUCCAGUUUAUGCAAGUUUUGUUGAA